AUGCCAACAUCUUCUAAAAUACGUACAGCUGCUGUAAUAGCUGGGGGAGCUGCAGCUAUUGGUGCACUUCUGUACUAUCUUUUCAAAGAUGAAGGUGAAAGUAGGAAAACUGAAGCAGACUUAGGAGAGAAUAGGAAUGCAGAUGAAGACGUGAAGAUAAUGAAGUCAGUUGAUAUAUACACCAGAGAUGAUAUGAUAACAAUAUUGGAUGAGAUUUUGGAAAGUCAAAAUAGCUUAAAAGCUAUAAUGAGAGAGUUAACUGAGAGAUUUAAGAGUGAUCCACCCAAUAACUUCCAAGAAUGUUAUGAAAUAGUAAGGAAAGUGUCUCCUAAAGAUCCUUUGGAACAGCGUAGCUUAUCUAUUUCUGACUUUGAUCGCCUUGUUGAACGCUUCUAUGGAGAUGAAGAAGUUUGCAGCAUUAUAGAGAAAAUUAUGGGAAUCAAUGGGUUAAAUACAUUGCCUGGGAAUAUUUCUAAUAUAACAAAAGAACAGCUGAUAAAAGUUAAUGAGCUUAUGCUUAAGGAAUUAAGGGAAUUUGUUGAUCAGUUUAUCUUUAUACCUAACAAGGAAUUUGAUAUGAAGACACUAACAAUUACAGCUCAGGUUUGGGUUAGCGCUAAAGUUGAGUCUCAAUUCGAUUUGAAUUCAGAUGAUAUUGAGGCUGCAAUGCUAAUGCAUUCCCAUUCAUUACGCAAUGAUCCAGAUUUUAGUAGAAUUAGCUUCCAAAUGCAGGCCACAAUGGAGCAGUUACUUGGUGUACCUGCUCCUUCAUCUCUUCCUUUCUCAAUUUAA